GGUGACUUGGUCAAUCUACAAAAUGAACAAGACUGCUAACAACUGCUAAUCUCUACUGCUUAUACAAACCCUGAUAAAAAAAUGUGCAAUAAACCAAAAAAAAACAUUAUUAGAUUGUAAUGUGUAUAGUGUAUUUGUUUUAUGAAUUUAUAAUUUAAUUGAGACGUAAUUACAAAUUUAAUUGUUAACAAUGGUAUCAAUAAUAAAAAAUCAACUAUUAAAACAUCUGUCAAGAUUUACUAAAAAUCUUUCUGUUGACAAAAUAAAUAUUAGCACACUACGUGGUGAAGGAGAGCUAACAAAUUUAGAACUUGAUGAAUCAGUAUUGACUGAUUUAUUAGAACUUCCAAGUUGGUUAAAAAUAACAAGUGCAUGGUGUAAUAAAGUAACAAUACGUGUACAAUGGACAAAGCUUAAAAGUGUACCAAUAUGUUUAAAUUUAGAUGAAGUUAUUGUUGAAGUUGUAACAUGUGAUGAUUUAAGAAAUCCAUCAUCAAAUGAUGCAUCAUCAUCAUCAUUACCAGGAACAACAAAAUAUUCAUUUAUACAUAAAGUUAUUGAUGGUAUAACUGUUAAUGUUAAUACAGCUGUUGUUACAUUUAAAAGUCAUACAUUUAUUGCAUCAGUACAAAUAUCAAGAAUAAUACUUGAAUCAAAAUCACCAACUUGGCAACGUGCUGAUUUACGAAUGACAAAAGUUAAAGAUACUGAUAGAGGACAAUUACUUAUAUUUAAAGAACUUGAAUGGCAAACAGUUAGAAUUGAAGCACGUAGUACUGAAGAUACUGAAUUAACACCAUUAAGAUUAUUAACAAAUCAAGCAAGAUGUCGUAUAACAAUUAAAAAACGUUUAUCUGAUUGUUUUGUUAUGGGAUCAAGACUUAUAUUAAUAUUAGAUGAUUUGCUAUGGGUAUUAACUGAUUCACAAUUAAAAGCAGCAUUAUAUUUUGUUGAUUCAUUAACUGGUCUUAUUGAAAAAGCAACAUUAUUAGAAAGAAAAAUUAAAGCAGCUAGAAAAAUUGAAGUAUUACCAGAAUAUCAAGCUCAAAUAUCACAACAAGGACGUGAUAAAAUUGAAUGUCUAACACCAAUAUCUAAAAUAUUUAUGAGAUAUGAUGUUGUUGAAACUUCUUAUCAUUUUUUUUCACAAAGAAUUGAUUUACAUUUAUGUGAUGAUCCAGGAUCUGGUCGUUCAUCACAUCCUGAAUUAACAAAUGGUGGAGCAUUACAAAUAUCUUUAGUUAAAUUUCAAAUUGAUUAUUAUCCGUAUCAUUUGGCACUUGCUGAUAGAAAACAUUGGGCAAAAUAUAAAGAAAAUUCAACACCACAUGCUGAAUGGUUACGUCAAUCAUAUAAUUUAUUUCGCAAUCAAUUUAUGGAUCAUAUUGAUGAAUUUAAAAUUACCUCAUCUUCAAAACAAAAUACUUAUCAUCAAAGUAAUCAUGAACAAUCACAGUGGUGUGAAAAAAGAAAAUCAAGCUAUCCACUUCUUGCUGAUGGUGGAAAAAAUAAUAGCAGUAGUAAUGAUUUUAAAAAUUUAGCUAUUGAACAAUUGUCAACGUUAAUGACAACUUGUAUUAUCAUAAGAAUACAUGAUUUUACAAUUUACAAAGUAACAACAUCAACAAGAAAACCAAAAACAAAAGAAUUCAUAGCUGGUGAUAGAGAAAAAUUGUGUCUUCCUGAAGAUGUUAUGAUUGUUCAUUCUGAAUUUACAUACUAUUACAUUCCAGGACAAAUAUCAUUUCCAUUACCACCACCAAAAUUUUACAUUCAAGUUAAUCCAGUAAAGAUAAAUUAUGAUGUAUACAGUUGUCUUUGGUUAAAUUCAUUUGUACUUAAUUUAUAUAAAUCUUUACUGACAAAUAGCACAAAUAAUAAUACAACAAAUAGCUUGGCAUAUUUUGAUGUUAAAUUAGAAGCAAUAUUACCAAGAAUAAUAUUUGAAACACAAAUUGAUUAUCAAAAUCAACGUGAUAGACCAAAAUCAAUGCACAUACAAACAUCACGUGUAUCAAUAACAAAUGUAAGAACAUGUGAUAAAUCAUCAAGAGCAAAUUUAGCUGAAUGUCUUAAUGCAUUUCAAAUGGGACAAAUGUUUUAUACAACUGAAUUUCCAAGUACAGCAAAUGAUUAUAAUGUUAUAACUGAAAAAUUAAUAAAUCAUUCAUCUGGUACUGAUGGUGUACGUGAUUGUCAAGAUGAUGAUGAUAAUCCAUCAACAAUGAAUGAUUUAAUAUCACAAUUAAAAAGAAAACUUUUAUGGACAGAUUCAAAAGAUGUAUGGUGUUGUAAUUUUGAGCCAGUUUGGGCUGAUUUUUAUGGUAUUCAUAGUAUUGGAAUUAAUCGACCUUUAUGUUUUUUGGAUCCUUUCCCCGUAACACUGUGGUUACAUACAGCAACAAAUACAUCAUCAAAUAAAGCUGAGGAUAUUCAUGCUAUAGCUUAUAUUAAAAAUCUUGUGUCUGUUCAAAUUGAUCAUUAUCAAUUAUUAUUUCUUCUUCGUGAGCUUGAAAAAAUAUCGGAAAUGAGUACAUUUUUAAUUGUUGAUUCAAAUAAAAUAUUAAAUACUGAAUCUGGUGCUUUUAUAUUUGGUGGAUUAUUAUCACAAAUUGAAGUUACACUUAUAAUUCCAUCACAAACAGUAGAUAAUUUAGAAUCAAUUGAUACAUCAAGUAUAACUGAUGAAGCUGUUAAUAAAAAUGAUAAACAAAAAACAAUUGUUGAACUUGAAUUUGAGCCAAAACAAUUUACAUUUGAUAAAGUUUUAACACCACAAUAUGAAGCUUCAUCAAUGACAAAUAUUCAGCCAAUAGAAGAACCAGUAAUAAAUUUAAAAUGUGAAACACAAAAAGAACCAUCAAUUGAAUUUUUACAAACAAAAAUUAAUCAUUCAAAUUCCGAUGAAUUUGAUUUAUUAAAUAAAAAUAUAAAAAUUAAAAAUAAAACUGAUAAUACACCAAUGACAAAUAAUUUUAAUGCUGGUAUUUCAUCAAUGAAAAAAGGUUUUGCUAAUUUUAUAACGUCAAUUGAUUCAGCAUUAAAUCCAUUGCCAGAAGAUGGAAGUAGUGAUACUGUAUCAAUGAGAAGUGACCUAAGUUCUGAUAGUGAAAAUUAUGUUGUUGUUACAUUUGAAGAUGAUAAUAUUGAUACAACAUUUACAGGUAUAAAUACAACUGGUAUAACACCAGUUGAACAAGCAUCUGAAGUCAUUGAAGAAUUCAUUGAAACACAUAAUGAUAAAUCAAUUGAUUCAAGUUGUAAAAAAAAUGAUAUUUCAUCAGCAAUUAAAUUUGAACUUUUUAAAAUUCAAGUUGUACAACAAAGUUUAGGUUUUUCAACGGCAAUUAAAGUACAAUUAGAUAAAAUUGAUUGUAAAGAAUCAUCAUCUAUACCAUGGAAUGAAAUACAAAAAAAAUUUACAUCACGUUCAAAAGGUUGGAGUGAAAAACAACAAUCAAAUGUUGAUUGUAAUACAUGUGUAAAAAUAAGAUUAACUCGUGAUAUAAAAAGCGGUGUUCAAAUUGAGGAUAUUAAAAAUGCAAAAAAGAAAUCAGAUGCUAAUAGUUUAAUGGCACUUUUUGAUAAUAAUUUAAAAGCUAAGAUUGAUGAUGUUAAUUUGACAAUGUCAAUGAGUUCAUUGAUUGGAUUAAUUGAUCUUGUUGAGGAUGAAGUUAUACCAGAUCCAUUACCAAUGGAAAUAUUCAUUGAAAAUACUAAAAUUAAACUCAAUGAAGAUAGACCAUGUACAAAUAUAACAUCACCUGGACCAGUACCAAUUAAUCUUGAUAUUUCAAAUCUCAAUGUAUCAAGAAAUGAGUCAGGAAUAUUUCAACUAAAUGCAGCUGAUAAAUUUGAUAAUUUAAGGAAUAAUAUUGACAAGAAUUGUUCGAGUUAUGAGACUGAAAUUGAAUUGAUAAAUCUUAGAAAAUUGACAUGUCAAUUACAGACAAAUAAUAAUGAGCUAACACGUAGACUUUGUGCAUUAGAAAAUUUAUCAAAAGAAAAUAAUAAAUUAAAACGUAAUCAGGAUGAAUUUGAUAAUGUUAAAUUGAAAUUAACUAGUGCACAAAAUUUAAUUGCUGAAUUGUUAAAAGAAAAACAAGUUUUACAAGAAACAACAGCUGUUUUACAGCAACAAUUAAAUAAAACAAAUGCCAACAGUGGAAGAUCAUCAUGGUCAAUGAAAAGAUAGCAAACCAGUAUUUUAGAUUGUUCAAGUUGUUGUAGUCGUACUAAAUCAUGAUAUGAAUAAUCAUGUUUUGUUGAUUUACAUUGAUUUAUCUACAAGCAAUAAUUUUAACUGAUGGUUCCAGUUUAUUAAGCUAUUGAUAAUUCUAUUUUUUUUUUUCAUCUAUGCAUUAGUUUAAAUACCAGCUGGACAUAUCAUGUUAUCAACAUUGUUGUUGCUAUAAAUUGCUGUUGGCAUUGAUAAGUACAAUAAUUGCAAUAUAAUAAUAACAACAGGUUCUCAGAUUUUUUUUUUUUUCUUUUUUUCGUUUUUUAAUUAUUUUAAAUAUCUUUUAGUAGUUUUUUGCAAUCUUUUAAUAAUUAAAUUUUUGAUUGUUAAUGUUUUUUUAAAAAAUAACAGACAUAUUUCCAUGUUGGAUAAAAAAAUUACGAAAGGACGAUAUUAGUUUUGGUAAAAAAAAAAUUCAAACAAUUUUAGAAAUAAAAAUUAAUAGACCUAAGUGUUUUUCGUAAUAAUAAUACUAAUAAUUGAUGAUGAAGGAAUAUUUUAUCGUUUAUUUGACAAUUAUUUUUUCGAAAUAUUGUUGGUAAAAUUGUAAGCAAAAUGCACAUACAUUUUGACGAAAA